CUAGGUUGUUAUCGACGCAUCUGAUUGGCUGUGCGGUGUAAACAGCAUGGAAGUAGACUAAGCGCUUCAGUUCAUUGGUCAACAGGCGCUCAGUCGAAACGUGCGGCAAACGUUGCAAUACGAGAGAGUAAUAAUGAGUCUCCGGAAGCAGACACCAAGUGAUUUCCUGAAGCAGAUCAUUGGGAGACCAGUGGUGGUGAAGCUGAACUCUGGUGUUGAUUACAGAGGAGUCCUGGCCUGCCUUGAUGGCUACAUGAAUAUCGCCGUGGAACAGACAGAGGAAUAUGUCAAUGGCCAGCUGAAGAACAAGUAUGGCGAUGCAUUUCUCAGAGGAAACAACGUGUUAUACAUCAGCACCCAGAAGAGGAAGAUGUGAAGCCAUUUUACUAGUUUCUUUUUUCAUUAUUAGUUAAGUAAAUUGUUUACUGUCGAUAUGCAUAAUCCUUUGUUAGUUGACUAUAAUGUUCAAUAACUUUGUUUCAUGUUUUGUAACACAACACAAUUUGGUGUUCAGCAGAAUGAUGCAGUAAAUUUGUUUUUCGACAAUA